GCAGUCCCGCGUGUGUGUUUGUGUCUGUGGGGAAGAGCCAGCCCGUUUCUGCUUCCUAGAAGCAAGACCUCGAGCCCGUGAGGAGGGGUGGGUGGAUGCGAGCGCGUAGCCCUCUUCUUUCCCUGCCCUCUCUGGCGGCCUUCACCGCCCCGAGGGGCGCUUGAAGUGGGUUACGUGUUCGUGUGAAUGCGGCCUCUGCCCCAGUGCCCCGCCUUGGCCCUGAGGCAAAGUUUGCCGGAGCCGCCUGGUCCCGUCGCCUGCAGGGAGAAACGGUUGGCGUUCCCUCCGCGGCCCUUCCCUGGUGGGAGGCGGGGCGGGGCCCGACGGCGGAGGCGGGGCCGCUUUCCGUCUGCCUGCCUGCCUGCCUGCCCUUGCCUCUCACUCCUCCAUCCUGGCCCUGCUCUCUCCUGGCUUCCCGACGGUGGCGGUGACGUUUCGCUCUGGUUUUGGAGAGAGUUCCCUGACUGCACUCUGGACUCACUGCUAUGAUUACAGAUACUGCACAACUGCUUUGGUUAUGUUGCUUCACCUCCUGGAGUGCAUCUUUAGCUGACUCAAAUGAAUCCUGACAUGCCUGCUGCCACCUCAGCCCUAGGAGGCUCCUCGACAUGGCUGUUGGCACUGCUGGGAAGCCUUGCAGUGACUCUUCUUGGGAUAGCUCACAAACUGGGGCUCAUCUAUCAGCUGUGGCAUCAGGUGGACACGAAGAGCACUCGGCAUGGCGGAGAAACUGUGGCAGAAGUGCUGAAAGCUCAUGGUGUGCGCUUUGUGUUCACACUGCCGGGUGGACAUAUAUCUCCCAUUUUGGUGGCCUGCGAGAAGCUGGGCAUUCGUAUUGUGGACACGAGGCAUGAGGCAACGACUGUAUUUGCAGCAGACGCAGUGGCCAGGCUAUCAGGAACAGUGGGAGUUGCUGCAGUCACAGCAGGACCAGGAGUGACUAACACUGUGACAGCUAUGAAAAAUGCCCAGAUGGCAGAGUCUCCCGUGUUGUUGAUUGGAGGGGCAGCAGCCUGUUUGCAGAAGGGCAGAGGAGCUCUCCAAGACAUUGAUCAGUUGUCCCUCUUUAAACCACUCUGCAAAUUCUGUGCUUCCGUGAAGUCUGUCCGAGAGAUUGCCCCUGUGUUGCGAAAGGCCAUUGCCAUUGCCCAGUGUGACACUCCAGGGCCUGUGUUUGUAGAGUUCCCCUUGGAUAUCCUGUAUCCCUAUCAUCUAGUGGAGAGAGAGAUGUUCAAGAACGUUACUUCUGAAGGCCUUUUGGGAACGAUUGUUAACUGGUAUGCGCACAGUUACAUAAGGAACAUCUUUGCUGGGGCAUGGGAGAUGCAGGACCUUUCACCUCUGCCAGUGAACUUGCCAAAAGCUUCAAAGGGACAGGUGCAACAGUGUGUGGAGCUCAUCAGCCGAGCUAAGAAGCCAGUCAUCCUCCUUGGUAGUCAAGUGACCCUACCGCCAACACCAGUAAAGAUACUCAGAGAUGCCAUAGAAGAACUGGGGAUCCCGUGUUUUCUUGGAGGCAUGGCUCGUGGCAUGCUGGGGAAAAAUAGUCCACUGCACAUCCGUCAAAACCGGCGUGAUGCACUCAAGGAGGCAGAUGUGGUCAUUCUAGCAGGCACAGUCUGUGAUUUCCGCCUGUCAUUCGGAAGGGUCCUAAGUAAAAGCAGCAAAAUCAUUGCUGUCAACAGGAACCAGGAGCAGCUGCUGAAGAACGCAGAUGUGUUGUGGAAACCCACCGUGGCCAUUAAGGGGGAUGCUGGUUGCUUCCUGGUGUGCUUGUGCCAAGCGUUGAAGGGCUAUUCAUGUCCCCAGGACUGGGUAACAAGUCUGAAGGAGGUUGAUCGCAUAAAGGAGAAGGCAAACAGGGAGAAGGCAGAAAAACCAACAGAGCAGCACCUCAACCCACUGAAGCUGCUGCACCAUUUGGAUACUUUGCUUCCUGAAGACAGCCUGUUGAUCGCCGAUGGGGGUGACUUUGUUGCAAGUGCCGCCUACAUUGUAAAGCCCAGGGGGCCACUGACCUGGUUGGAUCCAGGAGCCUUUGGGACCUUAGGGGUUGGUGGAGGCUUCGCACUGGGAGCCAAGCUCUGCAGGCCAGACUCAGAGGUCUGGAUCAUAUAUGGAGAUGGCUCCCUUGGGUUCAGCAUCAUGGAAUUUGACACCUUCGUGCGACACAAGACACCUGUCAUUGCCCUGGUGGGGAACGAUGCUUGCUGGAGCCAGAUUGCCCGGGAGCAAGUUCCCAUGCUUGGCAGCAAUGUAGCCUGCGGCCUGGAUUAUAUAGAUUACCAUGUGGUGGCAAAAGGCUUAGGAGGGAAAGGCUUCCUGCUCAGCCGCAAGAAUGAGGAUCAAACGGAGGAACUUAUCAGGACAGCACAGUCUGAAUGCAGGCAAGGGCACCCUGUCCUUCUCAACGUCCUCAUUGGGAAAACAGACUUCCGUGAAGGCUCCAUCGCCGUGUAGGGGUUAGCUUGGAGAUGCAAGUAUGUGGGAUUUGGCUGGACAGAAAAGUGACUGCUUUGCACGGAAGAUCUGGUUCAUCUGAAUUGAUCACAAGCAAAGGGAUGGGGCCUUGGCAGUCCUGAGGUCUAGGGCUGUUAUCCCGUGCCCUCCCUCAUUGGGCUUCCUUGGGGUAGUUCUUCAGAUAGCUGGGUUCUUCCACUUUUCAAUUCUUGUUUUGCUGCUGAAGCACUAGCUCGUGUUCCACCUCCACCCAUUACACCAUGGCUAUUGUCUAAAGUGGGAGCAGCAAAGCAGUUCUUCGUGAAUCACUUUGACUUGUUCCUUUUGGUUAUUAUGUCUAACAGGUUGGCUUCACUAAUUGACGCAGCUGAUACAUUAAUAACCAUAGUUGGGACAAAAGAACACACGUCUCUCUGGUUUGCCAUUCCUCCAUCUGAGGAUUUAGGUGCACCCUUUUUCAACACCAGUAGAUACUUUUCAUUCCCAAAGGAGGUGCAAAAGUGAAUCUAUACUAUUUGGUUUGAAACAGAAACUAUACCUUUCUGCUGUCCCCCUACCCCCCACCACGGAUGAGGACCUCGAUUUCCACCUUGGACCUCAGAAGGGUCCUUUUGCUCAUUCAUCUUUAGUGCAUGUGACCAUCUAGUCAUGCUAAUUCAGCUGAUAAUACAGGUUUCUAAGUCCUAACCCUUACAUUCCCUAGGGCCAUAUAGGCCUGUAAUCCUGGUCCCAUCCUCACAACUACUUUCAUGCCUCAGCAAUUGCUCAUGUUCUGUUACAGGGCAGUGUUAAUCCUGUGGUCAAUUUUCUCUUAAAACUGUACCCCCAAAUCUAUUUAAGUCUUAAUUUUCCCUGCCACUUUGGCAAACGUUCUCAGGGGAGGGGGCAGCAGGCAACACAUGAGUGAGUGUCCAGUAAUACUUUGUGGACUGCUGUAUUUGCCUCUGUCUCUGCAGAAGCUACAAUGCAGCGUUUUGCAGCGAUACAAUAAAGGAAUAUAAUUCUUGCUA